UUAGGCCAAUUAAACCAUGACACACAAGUCUUGGUGUGCAAUGGCUUUGGUAUGUCUCCAUGGAGAAAAGAAAAAAGACCCAAUUCUGCUCAUUUAACAGAAGAAAACAAAGAAUUACUUGAAGGUCCAGUUUGGGGACAAAACCUCAAGAGAAAGAAUCUAGAUGUGGGAUCUUAAGAUUUGUUUUGGAAUAAAUCACAAAUAAAGCGUCAUUUCAAAUGUAAAAAAUGUUAAAUAAAAAUUUUCUGAAAUAUUUGUAAGUCCAAGGCUACACAUAACCAGGGCUUUUAAAUGAGACUAAGGCCUAUGCUCCCAAUCCUCUUAUACUGUGUCUCACUGAAGAUGGAUUAGUGAGUAACACCUACGUUUGGACCCCGGGUCACUUUGGAGGGAUUGGAUUGAAUGGGCCUGAAGCUGACACUGACGUCGGAUAAUACAUAUGUUACAUGUUUUUGUUUUUAUUCGUAGGAAUGAUUUUUCAGGUCCAUAGGUCAUCAUAAAUUUGCUCUAAAAGAUCUAGACAUGCAGACUUCUGUGGUUCUCUCCUGUACCUAAGAAACAAGAAAUUUUGGAUUUUUUGUUUCAUUUCAAAACAUGCCAUCUGCAAAUAUACCUGUUCGUAGAAACGCAAAGGAGCCUUCGGAGACACGGAUGGCAGGACUUAAGUAGCUCUCUGGGGUGCUGAAGCUGUCUCCAAACCAAACAGACGCAGUGCCAGAGCUCUGCCUGCCGCACCAAAAACGAUGAAGGCGCUUUGUGUUUGCCUGAGCGACGUCGGGAGGAAUAGGUAAGGCUUGGAGAUGGUUAGUUGAAAUUCUUGCAAAGAUCAACAAACACACCGGAGGCUGGCAGCUGUAAGAUUGCCUUACAGCACCUUGGAUCUGUGCGGGGGGCAUCAGAGAAAUGGUAAGUCUUCGCUCUCUGCCUGCUGUCACUGUGGAUGGAACCAAAAGGAAAAUAAUAUUCCUUAGAGGCUUUUUUUUUUGUUUGUUUUUGUUUGACAGGCAUCAUUGGUGUGAUUGAAAAGUCAUUUAUAGUGAAUAUAAAUAUUCACUACCUUGGACACCCUGGAAGGACAAUGCAACAUAUUUCUCCAAAUGGUUGGGAGUCCAACCAUCCAUGUGUGUCCAUAGAGAGAAAUAGAAGGACCUUGCAGUCACUGCCCUUCUAUAAUAUUAUGUUAUGGCUUCUCUUGGGAGUGUUGACGUUCCCUUGUUGCGUCCACUGCUUAAUAUUCAAGGUGGGGGUCUUGGGGCCUUGGAACUGCGACCCUGUUUACUACAGGGCCCUUCCUACAGUUGCAGCCAGGCUCGCCAUAAGCAGGAUCAACAGAGACCCAAAUCUGGAUCUAGGUCUGACCAUGGACUUCAUCAUCCUCCAGGAACCUUGCGAAACCUCCAAGGCACUCACGACUUUUAUUUACUCUGACAAAUCGGCGAAUGCCCUUGUGGGCCCCACCAACCCUGGAUACUGCAUCGCGGCUUCUCUUCUGGCAAAGAGUUGGGACAAGGCGCUGUUUUCCUUCAGCUGUAUUUCCUACGAGCUGGACCGUCUCACGGCCUACCCAACGUUUGCGAGGGCCGCGCCGUUCCCUGCCGACGUGCUGUUUACUGUGUUCAAACACUACCGAUGGGCCACCUCUGUGGUAAUCUCCUCCAACGAGGAGAUCUGGAUCGAAACAGCUGGGAGAGUGGCUUCUGCGCUGAGGAUGAAGGGGCUUCCUGUGGGUUUUGUUGCAGCCAUGGGGAUGAACGACACAGAGCUGGAAAGCACGCUGAAGAAAAUCCAAAGCACGGGAGGAGUGAGGGUCAUCAUCAUGUGCAUGCACUCCGUUUUGGUUGGAGGAGAGCAGCAGGCCGUGUUUCUUCUCAAGGCAAAGCAGCUGGGGUUGACUUCGGGGAAGUACGUCUUUGUGCCCUACGACACGCUCCACUACAGCGUGCCCUACACCAACGUCUCCCACUUUGCCCUGAAAAACAACAGCAGCCUGAAGGAGGCCUAUGAUGCCGUACUAACCAUCACCAUGGCUUCUGAGCCUUUAUCCUUUAACGAAGCCUUCGAAGCAGCAAGAAAGAGCGGCGAGAUUACGCUGCCAGUGCAGCCGGAGCAGGUGAACCCGCUCUUUGGAACCAUCUACAACAGCAUAUACCUGAUGGCCAGGUCCAUCCACAACGCAAGGAAAGCUGGCAUGACUCUGUCAGGCUCCAACGUGGCCUACUAUACGAAGAACACAAACUUCGAUGGCUUCAACCAGAGGUUUGAGGUGGACAGCAGGGGUCAGGUGAAGACCAGCUAUGUCGUCCUGGAUUCGGACAGCAAAGGGGCUGAGCUCUAUCAAGCCUACGUGGUGGACCUCAGGUCUGGAGUGCUUCGUUUUACGGGGAGGUCCAUUCAUUUUCCAGGAGGAUCUCCUCCUGUGGCAGAUUCUAGCUGCUGGUUUGAGGAGAACGCCGUCUGCACCGGAGGAGUGGAGGUGACUUACAUCAUAAUUGUGCUGGCUGUCAUCCUCAGUAUGACUGUAGGAGGGUUUUUCAUUGGUCUUUAUAUCAGGAGGAGACUUCAGCAAAUCCAGCUAGUCAAGGGUCCCAACAGGAUCCUUUUGACCUUAGAGGAUUUGACUUUCAUCAACCCCCAGUUGAGCAAAAAGAAAAUCACACUGGAUGACCUGAGUGAAUCCAAGAGCGCCCUGGAUGACAAGUCUGCAGACCCCUCCCACUCCAUGAACAGCAUGCAGACCGCGACUCACGAGAACUCCAGCGUUGCUGUGUAUGAGGGUGACUGGGUUUGGCUGAAGAAGUUUGAAGAAGGUCAAUUCAAGGAGGUGAAGCAAAGCACCACAAAGAUCUUUACAAAGAUGAAAGACUUGAGGAAUGAGAACGUAAACCCAUUCCUGGGCUUCUUCUUGGACUGCUCCAUGUUUGCGGUGGUGACAGAGCACUGCUCCAGGGGCAGUUUGCAGGACCUGCUGAGGAAUGAGGACGUGAAAUUAGACUGGAUGUUCAAAUCCUCUCUUCUGCUUGAUCUCAUCAAGGGCAUGAAAUAUCUUCACCACAGAGAAUUCCCCCAUGGUAGAUUAAAAUCUAGAAAUUGUGUAGUGGAUGGACGAUUCGUCCUGAAGAUUACAGAUUAUGGAUUCAAUGAACUCCUUGAAUCUCAAAAAGCUCCUGUGGAAGAACCCCCACCUGAAGAAUUGUACUGGACAGCUCCUGAGCUCCUGCGGGAUUUAACUCAUUUUCACAAAGGGACUUACAAAGGAGAUGUGUAUAGUUUUUCUAUUAUCCUUCAAGAAGUGGUGGUGAGGGGCCCACCAUACUGCAUGCUGGGUCUACCUCCUGAAGAGAUAAUCCGUAAGGUAAAAAAGCCUCCUCCGAUGUGCCGCCCUACGGUGGCCCCAGACCAGGCUCCACUCGAAUGCAUCCAGCUCAUGAAGCAGUGCUGGAGUGAACAGCCUGACCGCAGACCCACCUUUGAGGAGAUCUUUGACAGGUUCAAGAUAAUCAACAAGGGUAAGAAGACCAAUAUUAUUGACUCAAUGCUGAGGAUGCUGGAGCAGUACAGCUCUAAUCUGGAAGAUCUCAUCAGAGAGCGAACAGAGGAGCUGGAGGUAGAGAAGCAAAGAACAGAGAAGCUCUUGUCUGAAAUGCUUCCACCUUCUGUAGCUGACACACUGAAGACGGGCGCCACAGUAGAACCAGAGUACUUUGAUCAGGUGACCAUCUACUUCAGUGACAUCGUGGGCUUCACCACCAUCUCCUCUCUCAGCGAUCCCAUCGAGGUGGUCGACCUUCUCAAUGACCUGUACACACUGUUUGACGCCGUGCUCUCUAACCAUGACGUCUACAAGGUGGAGACCAUUGGUGAUGCCUACAUGGUAGCAUCAGGCCUGCCAAAGCGAAAUGGAAACAAGCACGCUGCUGAGAUCGCCAACAUGUCACUUAACAUCCUCAGCUCAGUGGGUUCCUUCCAUAUGCGUCACAUGCCGGAUGUACCGGUCAGGAUACGGAUAGGAAUUCACUCAGGCCCCUGUGUUGCAGGGGUUGUAGGUCUGACCAUGCCUCGGUACUGCCUUUUUGGAGACACCGUCAACACUGCCUCUCGUAUGGAAUCUACUGGGCUGCCUUAUAGAAUUCACGUAAAUAUGAGCACUGUGAAGAUCCUCCGUUCUCUUAAUGAUGGCUAUAAAAUUGACGUCCGAGGCAAGACAGAAUUGAAGGGUAAAGGUAUUGAAGAAACUUACUGGCUGGUGGGUAAAACCAACUUUUCAAAACCUUUGCCAAAACCACCAGAAAUCAAACCAGGGGACAACUGGCAAGAAAUGGUGACGGAGGAAAUCAAGACUCUUUUCCGCCAGGCCAACAGACCAGUGCACAAAAUGUUCUGAAAACAGGGAGAGAAGACAACAUACCAAAGAUGGAACUAUUGAGGAGACAAAGAAGUAUCAGGAUGAGGAUGGAUCUGGAGACAAAACGUUCGAAAAGCUGAAGAAGCAGGCAGAGGACAGAGAGCGCCACCCCGUCCGUCUCUCAGUGUGGCUUAACGCAGACUUGUUUAAGAGGAUUGUUCAUCGACUGGCUAAUCUGCCUGCAGCCAGCACAGCAGAACACAACGGUGCUAAUGUAAUGAAAGUUGUCACGUUAUCUGCCUACCUAACUGCUGCAAGGGGUUGCAGCAAAGCUUAAUGAAGGAAGGACUCAUCCACUCCUCUCUGCACUCAUUAGCCACUGCGUGGCCAUCUACUUCAGGGCAACCAGAAGUUCACCCAUUGCAAGUUUGAACACCUAUUUCAAAAUGAAAUGUUAUUUUCUAGCAGUGGUCUGUAGUGAGCUCCUCAUAGAAAUGCAGAGCGGAAGCUGUUAUGUAGCUGUGGUUGAAUGGCCCACACGUCCUGUCAAUCGUCUGUCUGCAGCAGGUUUCAUUCAGGUGUUUUUUUUUGUUUUGUUUUUUAAAGUCACAGAUAUGAAAGCACAUUACUUUCCCCCAAUAUGUCUGAGUCUUCCCUUCAGACAAGGUCACCUAUUUGUUUGUGUGAGCUGCUUCUUAUUUGAGGAAAGGAAAGUUGGUACAGCGGUUGGUUUUUUCUAAAACCCCAAACUGGAAGGAUGGAGGACAUUCUGAUUGUAUAAAACGUGUCUAAAAAAAUGUUUUUAGCAGUAAGUUCAAUUUUGAUGGAACCAAUCAGGCAUGACAAAACCAUAAACUAGCUUUAAAUUGUGAGAUCCGAGUAAUGCUACGUUCAUACCAAGGUUGUGACAUGCAUUCUUGAACGCGCUAAACGGCCUUCUUGAACUGGCUCAUGUCUGCCACUUACAGUUGAAAGAGGCUUGUUGUGAAAUGUCAAAGCGGUGCAAAUGUCAGGAAUCUUGCUCCGGGCUUUUUCCCCCCAGCUCUAUUCCAAUAAAUGAAAUACUUGGUGUCGUAU